CAGCAGCAGCUGACAGUUGCAUUUUGGACGAACGCGUUCGGACUUUGGAAUGGUCAAAUCGUGGUGACGAGUGUUGUUGGAGAGAGUCGUCGUGACUGACAAUGUCUGAUUUGGGAAACAACCAACUUGAACUUAUUCUCUUUCUCUGGACACGAGGUGCCAGAGAAAUCGAGGUGGCAACGCUGCGGACCGCCUCCUCGACCGACAAAACUUUUGCUCACCCACCCCUUUCUUCUUCUUCUCUCGGCGCGGGUUUUUCAGUGCUGUCCCAUUGGCCGUUGAAGGAAGACGUCGGUUUCUUUCGCUCUCCACGUGUGUUGCGUGUUUUAAUCUCGUGUCCUGUGUCCUGCUCACGCUCUCCCGCCGUGCAUACGAACACCUGCCCGUUUCUCGACGGACGAUCAUUGUCGCAAGUGACUCGUGUGUGAAUAUUUUCGUUACAAACUGUUUUUGUUUUCCAACAUCGUUCAUUUCGCCGCCAUUGUUUUACAUCGAGGGAUUAAGGAAUUGAAAUCCAUCGACGAUUAUCCGAGAUCAUCAAUAAUCCACAGCUGCAAAAUUGAUUUUCAUCCCAAGGAAUCGAAUUGUUGCUUCAGGUCAUGCUGUCCGGAUUCGUUUGAAUAAGGAAAUCAAAUUACGGCAACCCACACCAAGCGACUACCAGAAAAUUCAUUUCGGCGUCCAUAACGGCCGGCGUUUGUAAACAUCCCGAAGAAAUCUACAAAUCCCGGAACGUCUGUUGACCUCGGGACUGCGGUCAAGACGCAGGGCAACACUUUGCCUUUUUUCUUCUUCUCGCUCAACUAUUCCAACCCAAACACGGACGGGCUGGUCCAUCAACGAUGAUGUUGUGAUGGCCCGAGUGGAUCUAGCCACCGGGCUCUUCCUCUUGUUGGCCUGGUCGACGCUUCUAUUCACCGUCUCUGCCCAUCCGCCACAAAGUUCUUCCUCCUCUGCAGCCGGAACGUCAGCAUCCUUCAAACAAGGCCGACCGGAGUUGGAUCCAUGGCACCGUCACGGGGAGCGAUUUGAUGACGAGGACUUGGAUCUGGUGCAAGAUGAUUGGUCGGUCGGAUUCGGUCGCCGGUUGUCGGUGAUCCAGCGGAGACAGGGGUCAGCGCAAGAACAAUUCAAGGCGCAACUGAGGCCCAAGGCGGAAGCAACCAGUACGACAACCACCACAACUACGACGACGACGACCACAACAACAACAACAGCAGUUCCCAUCGUUAUCAAAGCGGAAACUCCCACCGGUAUCGUCCGGUUGAUUCGCAAACGCUUGCCGGAAAAUCGCUCACCAUCACCACUUCUGGCUCCUACUUCCGGCGCUCUCGGCAAAUUGGCCAACGCGACGGUUGUCAACGAAACGGUCCAGCCGACCAUCGGUGAGGUCACUGAAGAAUCUUUUGUUUCGGCCGAGACGGCCAUUGUGGAAACGCGGGAAAGUGUGGCCAAUAAAGUCGCCGCUGCCAACCUGACGGAAUCUCCGCAACAAACGAUCACAUCCUCCACCACAACAACAACGAGUGCACCGACGUCCACCACCACUUUGGCCGCGGUCACAUCAUCGACGACGACGGCCACCACAACAACAACAACUACGGCGGCAGCGGUCACUACUUUAUCACCGUCCAACAAACCUCCUUGGAGGGUGCGGAUGGAGCUCAAUCAAAGUAACCGUCGCGGCCAAUCCACCACUGCCAAACCGACGCUGAUCGCCGUCGAGGCCGCCGCUGUUUCUUCGGCGCUUCCGGAGCAAUCCAUCAGCAAGACAACUUCUUCUUCUCUGGCCGUUCAACAAGAAUUAUUGCAGGAAGUGAAGAAUUCAUCCAACAUGCCGGUUGUUAUCCCGUCCACCAGCACGGCCCCGUUGUUGGAAUCCAGCCAACUGAGUGAGAGCUUCCCGUCCUCGACAGUUGCCGUUGUUGUUACGUCAACGACAAACGCACCCAAUAGCCGACCGAUCCAGUCCAGUCGAAUUUCAAUUACCAGCAGUCUGAGCCCUCCGCCGCCUUCCGUUCUAUGGACUCCAAUCGUUCGACUACCUAUUACCGGAUCGAGAAAUAUUCCGGCUGGAACGCUCAAGAUUCAAAUCACAUCAACCAGACUCCCGCCGUCGCCUGCCACUUCUUCAACUCCCAACCCAAAGUUGCUGGAAUCGGUGGAUUCUCCCGAAUCCGAGUCUGAAGAAGAAGAAAAUGUCGUCAAAACGGCUUUAUCCAGCAGUACGACAUCCGGAAGAAUGUUUCCUUCUUCCACCACCACGAAGCCAACAACUACAACAACAACAACGACCGAAGUCCCAACUACUACCAGCAAAUCUUCGACGACUAGACGGGCUCCACCGACUCCCAUCAUGCACACGCUGGAAGAUAUCCUCCAGCGUCUAGUUCCGGCUAGAGAUCACGACAAUUUCGGUGGUAGCAGUAACCCUUUCCUUGUGCCGCCCGUCGCUUAUUACCCGACAGGGUCCGUCGUGCCCCCGACGGCUGACGAUACCAACGAGAUCGUCUCUAUCGGAGCUCCAGUCUUGCGGGCCAGUACCGGAUCGACUGGGUCAUCCAAGACAUUCAACGACAAUCUUCAACAAGACCGGAAUCACAACGCCAGCGGUAGCGGUGGAAGUAACUGGAACGAUUCGAACAAGGAAAACCAGGCAGCCACCACAUCCAUCUACGUCGUUGGAGUCGUGGCCGUCAUUCCGUUGGCCGGCUUGGUUCUCUGGAUUGUCCGCGUACAGCUUCACAAACGACGAGAGAGAUUGAACGAAUCGGAGACAUCAUCCGAAACGGGUUUCCGCAAGAGAUUACCACCCGUUGCUUUGACGCCAUCCAAACACGCCCGUCUCUUCUACGGGGCCAACGAUAAAGAAGACUUGGUGUCCGGCGCUGUUUCUCUCGGUAAUAGCGGCGGAGGUGGAGGAGCGGGAGGAGGUAAAUCUUCUCCGUCUCCAUCGCCGUGGGAGUUCACACGAUCUCGACUGCGGUUGCAAACGCUCAUCGGCGAAGGUAACUUUGGCCAGGUGUGGAAGGCCGAGGCGGAGGACAUUUGCGGCUGCCAAGGCACUCUCCUCGUGGCCGUCAAGACGGUCAAGGAUGGAGCGGCUGCCAAGGAGAAGCAGGAGCUCUUGCGGGAGAUGAGGAUCAUGCAGCAGGUUGGCCCCCAUCCCAACGUCGUGGCUCUGCUCGGAUGCUGCACGGAGCAAGAACCCUUCCUGCUCAUCAUGGAGUACGUCAUGUACGGCCGGUUGCUGACGUUCCUGCGGGACCACCGGACACAUCAGACGUAUUACAAUUACUCAACGGACAGCGAGGCUUUGACGUCCAGGGAUCUGACCACUUUUGCCUACUGCGUAGCGAAGGGAAUGGAGUACAUUUACAGCAAGGGGGUACGUUUUAAAUCUGUAAACAAAUAUGUUGACUUGCACAUUGUAACCGGAGUUUCUAUUUUUCUUUCGAUAUUAUUUGGGUCAACUACGCCAAACUAUCAGGUGGUGCACAGAGAUUUGGCGGCUCGUAACGUCCUUGUCGAUCACAACAAAUUGUGCAAAGUGGCCGAUUUCGGUCUGUCACGCUCCGUUCGGGACUCGGCUGGCGAGAUGUAUGAGCAGAGGGUCAAGGGCGCACUGCCGAUCCGGUGGAUGGCACCUGAGUCGCUGAUCCAGAGCGUCUUCACGCAAAAAUCUGACAUCUGGAGUUUCGGCAUCCUGGUCUGGGAAAUAGUCACAUUAGGGUCUACGCCUUAUCCGGGGAUGGAAGCGAGGGAGGUGAUGCGUCGCGUCAAGGACGGCCACCGAUUGGAGCGGCCGAGCCACUGCCGGCCGGAAUUCUAUCGGCUGAUGUCACGAUGUUGGCACUCGGAUCCUCAGAGGCGACCCGAUUUUGGCGAACUCAAAUCCGAACUGGGACAACUUCUGGAUGACGCCGAUGGCUAUAUCGAUCUAGACAGUUUCCAAGAGUCCAUCUACGUGCCGCUACAGUCCCCUAGUGACGAAAGCGAAAAAAUCUGAGUCAAAAAACAAUUUUUUUUCUCCUUUUUUUUUAAGUUUUGCUCAUCACAUCGCGUCAUCCACUUCCGCCUCAUUCUUCCUUUAUUAUUAUUAUUAUUUUUUUAUUUUCGCCCAUCCAUCCAUCCCAUCCAUCCCAUUUUUGACUCGAUUUCCAUAUUGUGACGCAAUGCAUGCCCUGCAGUGUUUUCUUAUAUUUUUUUACGGGAGGAAAAGAAAAAUAUGGAUUGUGUUCGUGUCUAUUAACGAACCGCGCGAAACCCAAACUUGGCAGGCCGGUUGCCGCGCUUUUGUUGAAUAUUUAAACUGUCAUUACCAUAUUUUGUGUUUCUUUCUUUUUUAAUUAUUAUUCUUUAUUUUCCCUUCAGUUGUAUUCUGCAGUUUGUUUCGGGUCUUUUUUUUUUCCUCUUUUCAAUCGGAAUGGUGGGAGAGAAAAACAAAAGAAGGACGUUAUUGGAAUGGCUUUUUUACAGCAAAAGAAGUAGAACGUGAAAGAAUCAUCGCCGAUUGUUAUACAUACCGCGAAAGAAUGGCACAUACUCUAAUAUGUAUGUUAAUAGGCUCAUUAAAAGCCAAAAUGGACCGACCCAACUACUUCUUAACUUCCUCGUGUUUUUUGGCGCACGAAGCGGACGACGGCAUAUACUGGGACAAACAAACCACAAGGUACAUAAUGGAAUCCCCCCAGAAUAUUUUUUUCAAAUUACCUUUUCCCACCGUCAAAAAAGCAAAAGAAUUAUGAAACAAUCGCCUGUCUCUGUCAUGGCCCCAUGUCUUCCUUAUUCCGUCUUUCCCCAAAAUUGCCCCGACGUACUUCUUUUGUUUCUUUGUAGGCCUUAUUUUUUAAUAUUACUGAAUAACUGUGUAAUGUUGUACAUAAUAUAAUACGUAUAUCUCGUUCAA